AUGCUAAAGUUACUUCCUCAUGUAUGCAUAUGCCAAACCUGCGGCCGAAAGCUGCUUCAAACUAACGCAGCUGUCCAAACUGACCCAGUGAUAGACUUCUCAAGCCCAAUCGAUGAUGCUGGAAGAUUUCGAAAGCCAGGAGCGCCUUUUCGAAAUGACCCAGAAGAAAGCAAAUACCCUUAUGGUUAAGCAACGAUUAAUAUGGUGGUGGUGACAAAAUAUGCCCUUGCCAACGACGCCCCACUUUGGGCGCCAAAAUGGCUUUAUAGACAAACCAAGGGUUCAGGUCCUUUGAUUCUAACACUAAGCUUGCUUUAUGGCCACCGUAUGGGGUGGAUGAUCUUGGGAGCCAGCUGAUGGUCAUUCCAGUCCAAGUAUUGAUUGUCCGGAUGACUUUUGAGCCGCAGAUUCUUUCUCUGCCGGCUUCGAAAGGCUCUAGUUCUUUUUUUUCUGUUGUCACCCUUCUUCAAGGUGGCCGAAAGGAAGUAUCAGGCUAAUUUUUGACUCCAUAGCACCCUCAAAAGGUUCAGCACAGAGGUAUCUUCCUAGCCCGUCGAAGCUCAGGGACACGGCUCAAGCUCCAGGUUCUGGAGAAGAUUGCUGUUGAUGGGGCUCAGGAGCAGAGCUACUACUGGCAAGCAAGGUCCAGUAGUUAAAAGUGUGUGAAGGGAUCAAAUUAUAAGACUUAGCCGUUUAAUUUUAUUUUAUGGUUAAGCUUAAGCGCCUGACUGGAGACACAAGUCAAGAAAUGGAUGUAGAAUCCAUUGUUGACAUCGACGAAGAGCUCAGCAUCAACCCAGAAAAAUCUUUCAAGCUGGGCUUAAAUUUUGAAUUAGAAGAUACUGGGAAUCUCCCAGAAAUUUCCAACGUAAGCCUCCCUGAAGACUCUUCAUUGAAUUUAUUAAAAGAACUUGAGCAAAUUGUUGAAAAAUCCACAAUCCACCGAAAGUUUCCAAGUUCUGCAUCAACUGAGAAGUUCAAUUAUUCCCCAAAGGAAAGCUUUGGGUUGACUUCUCAAGAAUCAAGAAAGGCAGUCAACAUAACUGAAACGAGGCCUUUUCACUUGACAAAAAGUAGCAAGUUCAGUGCCAAGAGUUUAUUAAAUAACUCUAAGAGAGAUCCAAUAAAACCUCCAAUCAUCAAUGAAAGCCAGAAUUCCAAGGAGAACAAAACUGAGCUAGAUUCUGUUGAUAUUGAAAAUAUCAGUGGGAUUGAAAAAGAAUCGCUUAAUAUCAGUGUAGAGGUAGAAGAAAGCAGUCGACUGUCAGGAACUUAUUCGAUUUUAUUGAGCAAGCAUAAACAAAUUGACCCGCAUGGCAAAAGCGCUUUUAAACAGCUGAUUCAAAUGGAGAAAAACUCUCUUAACUCCCCCCCCCUCCGUGAGUGAACAAAACCAUUAGAAAAAUCGCUAUUUUUUGCCCAAAAACCCACCUCCGUGAGUGAACAAAAUUUUUUAUUGAAAAAAAUUUUGAUAUAUAAAUGAUAAUUAGUAUAAUGAAUCUAGAGCUAAUUCUGUUUAAUUUUAAACGAAUUGCUUUUUAAAAUAUAAAUUUUAUAAAUUAAAUUAAUAUUUGCUUUCCAAUUUUUGUGAAUUAGGAUUUUUUUAAAAUUUCGAAAAAAAAAAUAUUUUUUAUAAAAUUUAUAUAUAAAUUUUUUUAAAAACAAAAAAAUUAACCCCCUCCGUGAGUGAACAAAAUUUUUUUUGUUCACUCACAGAGGGGGGGAGUAAGGAGCAAUACUCAGAAAAGAAGUGCAGUUUCAGCAAGAGCAAGCGGUAUAAAGGAGAAGACAGCUUAAACUUGAGCAACAAUAUCAGCAAAGUCACAACUUUUGCUGACAGCUAUGAAAAUAAGAGUGGCCUUAUAUAA